CAUCUUAUCCGGGUGCAGGGCAUGGUGUGUGGGUAGCAAAUAGUAGGGAGUGUGAAGAGAUAACAAACGCAGAGGCAAUGACAAUGGCAAUGGCAAGUUCUGCAAGCUGUGCGGUGUCGUUUAGGAACAGCUUCGCUCUCAACAAACCCUCGGAUCUUGGGUUUGUGACCUCGCAGUUGAGCGGCAUCAGAAUCUGCUGCCCCAAACUCCCCACACCGCCCCUCACCGCUUCUCCCUCCUUCCCCGCACCUCUCCCCAUCGUAGCCAGGAGAGUUUGUCCCUUCACUGGAAAGAAAUCAAACAGGGCCAACAAAGUAUCAUUUUCAAACCAUAAGACAAAGAAACUGCAGUUUGUGAACCUUCAGUACAAAAGAAUUUGGUGGGAAGCGGGGAAGCGCUAUGUAAAGCUGCGUUUAUCAACAAAGGCAUUGAAAACCAUAGAGAAGAAUGGACUUGAUGCAGUUGCAAAGAAGGCUGGAGUUGAUCUCAGGAAGAAAUAAGAGUACCUAAUUAUGGUUUUGUAACAGAGUGGAAGAAUACAUUCAUGUUCUUUAGAUUUUUCUUAUCCGUAUAUUAUUUUUCAGAAGCAAGUUGUAUUGUUUGUAGAGAAACAAGAUAUGGAGAGCUCAUAGGCAAUGAAUUUCACUGAUGGAAAUCUCUUUGAUAAAUCCCUCGUGCAGCUUAUAAUGUCCAUGGAUAUCACAGGAUCAUUAGUGGCUGCAUAAAUGUGAAUUAUCCUACUAAUAUUUUUUUAUGUAUUUUGAAUUGUAGUCACCACAACCAAAAAAGCUGUUGGCAGAGUCUCUGGUUUUGGCUCUUAAUAUGGUAA